AUGUGAACCAGUAUCUCUUCUCGUGACAUAGUUGAUGGCCACCGCGAGAAGACAUUAGCUCUGCUUUGGUGCUUAUUACUGCGCUUUCAUAUUGCCGCUAUCGUUAAUAUCCACUCCCUUAGCCUUGAGGUAUGUCGUCUCCAUGGCCUUUCUCGACUCCUUCACCUCAUUUAUCCUCUCGAUAAAGUUCCAAAGACAUCUGCUCAAGUGUCCACAUCGAUUUCAUCAAUCGGCCAUCUGUCUAGGCCGCUGUACUGGCUACCACUGUCUUCUUUCCCUCAGGCCUGUGUUGAACGUGCUAAUUUGAAGAUACUCCAGUCCCCGCGACCUGAUCUGAAUUUGGCUGAACAUUCAGCCUGUGUGCAGGACUUGCUAUUUAACUGGGCCGCCGCAAUCGCCUCUCUCCAUGGCAUUCAGAUUACUAGUGUUGACGAAUCCUUCGUUGAUGGUCGCGUAUUCUGUCUUAUCCUGCAUCACUAUCUACCUACUGUUUUGCCUAAGGGCUUGAUACGCAACCUUACGACAAUGACGGCUAGAACCCAUUCAACCGAUCUGUUUCGUGCCACCCUACCUCGGUGCAUUCAAACUCGAUUAUCUCCUAACUAUCCUUUUACUAUGAAUAAGGCAAAUGAGUCAAGUGGACCUUUGGUAGAGUUGAACGAUGUUCCUGAGGCCUUACCUCUUCUCAACAAUCUUGCCAACUUCCGUCUUUUUGCAAACAGGGUACUAUAUGCAUGUAUAUUUUCUUAUGCUUUUAUUAUCUGCUUACAUGUUAUCGUCAAUCGAAAUAUCCUUUGA